AAAAGAAUUCGCCCAGCUCAAUAGACCAAGUAUUCACUGGUUGCCGUUGACAACCAAUGUUUUUGUUAAAUCAAAUUUUUCGCCCUGUUAUACCCAAUAAAAGAAAAUCGAGGAAAGUAUGGCUGAUUUAGAUUACCCUGAAAUAAAUCCGGCUAACGAGCUAGAGAAACGUGUAGCUGAUGCAUUCUUGAUAUUCGAUCAUCAUGGCAAUAAAACAGUUGACGUUCGCGAAAUCGGAACAAUUUUGAGAUUUUUAGGAUGUGUCCCAACGGAAGCGGAUGUGAACGAGGUUAUUUCCGCAACUGAAUUUGAAGAUUCUAAUGGAACAGUUCAUCUGUCCAAGUUUCUACCUUAUGUUAGCCAACUAAUUGCAGAGCAUAAAUUAGAACCUGCACCUCCCGAAAAACUGCUGAAGGCAUUUCAUGUACUGGAUCAAGAACGUAAGGGCUUUGUGGAUCGUGAAUACAUGACGAAAUUGAUCACGGAGGAGGGAGAACCGUUCACGGCAGAAGAGCUCGAAGAAAUGAUGGCAGUUGCAGUCGAUAUGUCUACUGAUAAGAUUCCCUAUGAAAAUUACUUAAAUCAGUUAUUGUAUGAACCUCAAGACUCCAUUUACGUUCUGGCUGAUCAAUUCAAAAAUCAAAUGAGACGAAAAACUAUUUUCAAAUUUUACAGAAGAUAAUGUUGACAAGUAUAUAUAUAUAUAUUGCAGGUUGACU